UCCUAGUUGCACUGGGUUCACCUAGGCCUAGUUUCUUAAACAAUUUAUAUGGUAUAACAUUGAUAAUAACGCCUAAUUCCGCCAAGGACCUCUCUACAUGCAAAUUACCAAUAGAGCACGGGAUAGUAAAAUUACCUGGGUCCUUCCGCUUCUGCGGGAGCUUGUUCUGCAAGAUGGGAAGAAUCUGAUCUGGGAUGAUAAUCUUCACUCCAAGGAUGAAAUCCAAGCUUGAUUGAUGAAACCUAGCUCCAAAAUCACCUCUAUGGUGUGUUCUUCGCACUUUCUCUCUCUAGGACUCUGUUUCUAGCUCUGAAAAUUGAUUCCCCAUUCAAAAGACCGAAAAUUGGGUUAAAACCCAGAAUUCUGCGACGACGCGGCCAGGCCACACUACCAUGUAAAAUUUAGGUCUGCCCAUGUGGCUCUCCAAAAUGCCGCGUUCGAUUUAGUGACUCCAGGUACGCUACAUGGCCAAAACCACACGGCCGUGUGGAAUUUAUGUAUUCCUGUGUGAACUCUCUGGGAAUUCCACACGGCCAAAAUGGGCCAUUUACAAGGCCAGUGUGGCUUGCCCGCGCAAAGGGGUUCCACCCGGCAAGUCACACGGUCGUGUGGAAUUUCCAGCUUUUCGUCAAAUGUCCCAACUUCGUCCAAUCGACCCUGAACCCGUGCUUAAUGUAGUCAAAAUCCUGAUUUUAAUCUUAAAAUCUUACGAUUUUACGAUAUUACCUAUGGGUUCCGAUCCUGAUUUUACUGUAAAAUCUUUGAACCUUAAAAUCCCAUAAAAUCCCGAUUUAAAACUCUAAAAUCCAUAAAAUCUACGAUUUGUACGAUUUCAAAGUUCAUAUCAAUUGGAUCAAAAUUAGGCCGGUCAAGUUGGGUUAUGCCCAUGAACCGAGUCAAAUUUACUUUCCCCAACCCAACAUAAUGAACAACACAACCCCAACCUGAUAGUUAACCCUCAAUUUAUUUCCAUUCGCUUCCUCGUAUCUUCCUCUUUCGCACGUUGGCGUCCAACUCCUUCCAUCAACGAUAUCUUCCACCCUCCUAAUUAGCUUGUAGUUUGUUCCCACCACCCUCACAAUAAUCCAAAUCUCCAUUACAUUGCAAGCUUUUCUUCAUCUCCCAAUCCUUCAGCACCACUAACCCGACAUUUUAUCAAUUAAGAAGGGAAGAGGCGAGGAAGAAGGAUGGCGGUCUUCUCUCCAACCCUAGGAUGUCGCCGAAGAAGAAAGAAGGUGAUGGUCGUCGUUCCAUGAGAUCGUCGCCAGACUCAUGGCUUCCGGGCAAUCGACGGGUUUGGGAGCCUGCGAAAAAGGGUUCUAAGAAUGAUGACGGCAGCCGCGUCUACUCUCUAGCAAACCCUAGGGUCGUAGCAGGUGAGAGAUCGGGCCAAACCAGAGGUAGGUCUUGGGCCGUCUCUUCUGACCAGCCAGAGUUAGUGGGCCUAAUAAAUCGGGUCGGGUGUUCAGAUGGGCCAGCUCUUGGAGUGGAGGAAAACAAAGGAGCUCAAGUUGGGCUCCCAGCGGGCCGAGAAGAUAUGCAAGGAGGGUUUGUGUUGGGCCAGGUGGACAAGCGAGACGGGCCGAGGUUUGGACUCUCCUUGGGCCGAAGUGGGAUGGAAACUUAGGGGUCGUUUGGAAGUUGCGAUUGUUAAAUAGAUGUAUUGUUGAGAAUGCAUGUAUAAUAUUAUACAUGUAUUGUCGAAUUUGAUGCAUUGUAGAAUACAACGUUUGGUAUGUGUGAUUGUGUAUGUCGCAUAGCUAAAAGCUGAGACAAAACAAUCUCAACUCAAUUAUCUCAACAAUCACAACUAAAAGUUGAGAUAUAACAAUCACUCAAAAUGAGUGAUAGUUUCUGUCACAUCAUAGAAACAAUUCAUGUAUUGUUUCUGCUAAAAAACAAAAAAAUGAUGUAUUGUAAACAAUACAUGCAUAAUGACAAUUUCAACAAAACAAUCACAACUUCCAAACGACCCCUUAAUUCAUCUUUUGCCUCUUGAGUAAAGAAGGUGGGCCGAGUUUUCAAGGAAGACUUGGGCCACCAAUGAGCUUUUCUGUUAGAUUCAUUUUGCAGGAACAAAAUAGGAAGGAACAAGGAAGUGGGGUCGUUGGAUUAAACGUUGGGCUUAAUUCAAUCCAACUUGGAGGAAAGUGGAGCCAAAAAGAGCUUAUCAUCCCCACCAAGUCCAUGGUGGAAUUUAUGUAUCAUUUCCUUGAAGAUUUCGAGUGGGAGCGGAAAGAAGAACAUUUCCCCGAUUCUUAUUUUGUGGAUUUCGAGAAGGCAGAGGGUGAAUUGUUCGGCUAUGGAGAACAUGUCAUGUGUCACGUGGUUCGAGAUGAGUUUAAGAAAGCGCGAGCUGUCGAAGUCCUUCGCAUGCUGGAGCGCAACUGGAAACGGAGAAAGCGGAAGGUCAAGGAGGUGGAUGUCAACUGCAACCUUAAGGGCAAGGUUGCUUUCAAGAGGGGUGGAUUGUCAGAAACCCGCCCAUUGGGGUUUCUCUUAUUAUUUAUUAGUAGAAUAAUUAUUAUUAUGCUUAGUAGAGAUUUAGUCGUAUUAUGAUUAUUAUUAGGGUUUUCCAGUAUUUCCCUAUAAAUAUGUAGUUUGGGUUUACGUCAUAAUCAAUCAAGAAGAAUCUCUUAAACCCUAGUUUAUCCUCUCAACUCCUACUUUCUAUUCUCUCCUAAUCCAAGGUCUCGGCCGAUUCUUUAUCUAUUCUGUUCUUUCUCAUCUAAAUCUCUAAUUCCUGUUCUCAACCCUAAAUCCCUAUUUGUUACGAGUAGUAAAGCGUUCCGAAGAUCAAUCCCUAGAAGCCCUAAGAAGCGGGUUUCUUACACCUAGCUAGCUAGUUGCUCGAUCAGGAUGAUUUCAAACUCUGUCGUAUUACAUGACUACGUAUUAGUUCGAAUUUUUGUUGGCAUAUAUGCAACGUACUAGAGCAAGCAAGUGUCGAUCGAGUGGUUAAAUCGCUAUAGCUAGCUUGCUGGUUCCCAAGGAUGCUAACUCGUCCUAUUUACCUCCGAAAGUGACAAACCCUCAAGAACACCAACACCUGCUACAACAAGACAGAAGACAAGACAGUAAUCUCAGAAACGACCAAAAUACGAAAGGAAACAAACUGCAUAUUUUCCCAUCGUACAAUUUGCAUGCACGUACCCAUCUGGGGAAAGCGAUCUCUGGUGAAAGGAACAAGGGCAUGUAUCGUGGCGAGAAUGAAGACAAAAGGGUCAA